AUGCCUGUCGAGUACAAGUAUUUGUCAGAGGAGCAGCGCGCCUUCUUCCUCAAGCACGGAUGGAUCAAGAUCCCCCAGGCGAUGAACCCCGAGUUGCGGAAACUCUGGCUGGACGACGUCUGGGUCCGCCUGGGGUAUGACGAGCACGACCCAUCUACCUGGACGGAAGAGUACGUCAAGCUCCCCCGGCAUAGGGAGGUGAGGGCCGAAGAGUUUGCUCCUGAUGCAUGGAGGGCCGCCUGCGAGCUCGUAGGAAGCGAGGACAGGGUGAUGGAGAACCGCGAAAGGUAUAAUGGUGAUAACUUCAUCCUCAAUUUUGGGAGCGACCACUGGAAGACGCAUGAGGUUCCCCCACAGGAGGUUACCGGCUGGCACACGGACAACGACUGGUAUCGCCAGUUCCUGGACUCAGCGGGCAGCGCCCUCGUCAUGAUCCACUGCUUCACCGACAUCCUCCCCGGGGGUGGCGGGACUCUGCUCUGCGAAGACGGCACUACCGAGCUAGUCAAGACGUUGUACGACCACCCCCAGGGCUUGGAAGUCCCGUUCGCCCAGCGUUGGACGCACGUCAGAAACUGCAAGGUGUUUACCGAAGUCACAGCCAAGGCGGGCGAUACGUUUAUCUGCCAUUGUUAUACCCUGCAUACAGCGAGCAAGAACCACCACAGGAACUUGAGGGCCAUCACCAACCCCCAUGUGAACCUCAAAGAGCCGUUCAACUUGAAUCGCGCGGAUCCGUCUGAUUACUCUCUCGUAGAGCAGCUCAUCCUCGACCGGCUCGGCCGUACCUCCCUGCCCGAAUGGCACAUCACGGCCCCCAGGCGCACCUUCUACCCGCGGAACUACACCGUCCGCGCCUCCCGCGUUCCCGAAGAGCUCGAGCGGAUGAUCGCCGCCGCGCGUGCCAAAGGUCUUGGCCCGGAGAGCGUGGACAGCAUAUACCUCAAGGGGGAGGAAGCGAUCAGGGAACAUGAGCGGAGGAACGGGUUUGACUUACCGGAUGGGCCGAACGCUUAUGCGAAGGGGACCAUGAUGUACAGUGAUGAUAUUGUUGUUAAGCGGGCUGUUGAUGAGAAUGCGGAUCUCUCGAUGAUCGAGCCCGUCAAGCUUGGGGAGGUGAAGGCCUAA